AUGUUCUACCCAGGAGGUCUUCAGGCAGGAAUCUCCCUUGCUGUCACCGAGGCGAAAGCUGUGGUCUGCUUCGUUCGAGAUGACGAAGAGGCUAGUUGUGUAUGGGAGGAUGAAUACUUUAAGGAUGACGAGGUAAAUCCCUCGAUGAUGGCGAUCGCUGUUGGCAGCGAUGAAGCUGGAUUCUUAACUUCUUUCUGUCCAAUUGUUCGGUUUCCCGCAGUUGUUGUGAUCAAGAAUGGCAUGUUGCGAGAAUACCUCGUGCCUGAAAUAUCCAAGGACGGCUUUCGCAGUCGGCUAAGGGCUGCUCUUGAUGACAGUCAAUCUACGACGCAAUAUGUCCCUCAAAAUACUUCGAGUCCCUCUGCAGCGUCCUCGUCUGCUACUGCGCCUGCUACUGCGCCUGCUCCUGCACCAACAGCGACAGCUAACCCUACCACACCUACGUCUGCGCUCUCAGGAUCAGAUAAGGGUCAACCAGAAGCUUCCGGGACACAACAACCGAAGAGUCACCAGCAAGAGCAUGAUCCAAGCCCUGAACAAACCCAAGAGGCACCUACAAAGGCAGCUGGUUCUCAUGGUACUCCUCAGGCUACGCAGAAACACCAACAGUCGAAAAGAGAGCAACAAGCUCGGCGAUACGUCGCUAAUAUCCAGAAGCAAAGUGUUGUCGAGCCUAGGAAGGAUACAUUAUCGCCUUCCGCCACUGACGCUGGAUCAGGUGUCGGUCCUUCAAACGAAGCUUCGACACCGCGCCAACCAUCACCUCCCAAGCAAUAUCGUCUACAAGUCCGGCUGUUUGACGGAAGCUCAGUGCGAAACAGCUUUGCGCCAUCACAGACUAUCCGCGGGGAUGUACGCCCGUGGCUUGACGGUCUACUACAAGAUGAAAAACGCCCAUAUAAUCUUAAGCAUAUCUUGACACCGUUGCCCAACCGAACGCUUACUAUCGCCGACGAAGAACGUAUGCUUGAAGAUCUUGGACUAGGAUCCACGGCGAACCUUGUGAUGAUCCCCAUCAACUCGUAUAUAGAGGCAUAUAACUCCUCAGGGUCUAGCUUGCCCGUCCGAGCUGCAUAUUCUGCUUACGGCUUGCUCUCCUCUGCAGUUGGAACUGCGACGGGCCUAGUGGGAUCUUUCAUCGGCUAUAAUCCGACUUCUUCGAACUCUUCCGGGUCGGCUCCAACCCCUAGUUCGUCUUCCGGAAAUGGAGCGCGGAGUCCACAGCCUGCUGCCUCCAGAGGCCCUAGGAUUCGGACAUUGAGAGAUCAACGCGAAGAGCAGAAUGACAGUCAACUUUACAAUGGGAAUCAGCUGAAUUUCGAGCCUCAGAGAGAUACAGAUGGGCAAUAA